AUGGGCUCUAUACAAGUCGAUGAGAGCGAUGAUCGAAGGCCGGCAAACGGCGACUCUGCCAAUAUAUUGUCUGCCAGGGAGGCUGACGCUGAGGGCUUCUGGUCUUUCAAGAUAGCCGGCCUUGAAUCUGAAACACAAGUCACUCCGACGGGCCUGAGAGAGGAAAUCCUGCUUCUCGCAUGGCUCCUCGUUCUCCUACGAACACAAGAUGAAGGCCACAUCUGGUUUGAUUGGGCUUACGAAGGUCGAGGAAAUGGUGCUCUUCACGGUCCGGCCAAAAGGCGCUUGGUGAUGGAUGAAUUCGUGACAGGUUUGCAAGACAGUAUCGGGCAAGUUGGUUCUAAACUUGCUCGCCACAUCACGGCAUGUAUCGAAACUAAGCUACCUGAAGGCACGGGCCCUGUUUCGCUUCUGUUGAGCACCAGUUCCUUGGCCCAGACGCCUGAGGAAGCGAAUGACCAAUGUAUACUGCACCUUCAAGUAAAAUUUGACGAGGGUCGUCUCAAAAUUCGUCCAGUAUGGCAGACAGAAAACAUGCUGCCAUACACGAUGACACGACACGUAAUAGCACUGGUCGAUGCUGUCAAAAUGUGCAUUUCAAAUCCGAGCGACCCCAUUGAAAGUGGUAUUCGGCCGACGGCAGCUGAUCUGGAUGAAAUAUGGAAGUGGAAUCACCCACUACCACCAUCCUACAACUUUUGCAUGCACGAAGUAAUUUCCGAGCAAGCCCAAAAAUUCAAAGACAAGCUAGCAAUCUUAUCCUGGGAUGGCAACCUGACGUAUGCCGAGGUUGACCAAUAUUCUACAUCCAUUGCCCAUUCGUUGAAAGAGAUGGGUGUCGAGUUGCACGACGUUCUGCCAGUGUGCUUUGAGAAGUCAAGAUGGACCAUCAUUGCCGUGCUGGCGGUGAUGAAAGCAGGGGCGACAUUUGUGCUGAUGGAUCCAACCCUUCCGCUUGCUCGUCUGCAAACCAUGGCGAAACAGGUCGGAGCAAAGACGAUGCUGACAUCUCGGAAACAACAUGACUAUUCGGCUGCAAUCUUGCCCGAUGGGAACCUCAUGGUUGUGGAAGAGGAAUCGUUCAAACACGCCUCAUGUUCGCAAGUCACGCCAAAACUGACAGUCGUUCCCCCAUCUACUCUAAUGUACAUUAUUUUCACCUCUGGCAGCACCGGCGUCCCGAAGGGAGUCUUGAUUUCUCAUGGAACCUACACAAGCAGUGCCAUUCCUCGGGCAGAGGCAGUCGGUUAUACAGAGCACUCUAGGGUUCUCGAUUUUGCGUCGUAUGCUUUUGAUGUCAGCAUCGACAGCAUGCUUUGCACUCUUUCGAGGGGCGGAUGUCUCUGCAUUCCCUCUGACGAAGAUCGAAUGAACGACUUGAAUGGAGCAAUGCGAAGAAUGCAAGUCACCUAUGCCGGCCUGACCCCUUCGGUGGCCAGAAUAUUGGACCCGGAUGUUGUGGCAUCGCUCAGUGCCCUGGGCCUCGGAGGGGAGGCAGCUACUGCAAAAGAGGUGACGCGCUGGGGCCAAGUCACUAGGAUCGUCAUAGGCUACGGUCCAUCCGAAUGCACGAUCGGAUGUAUGGUCAACAGCAGCGCUGCCACCGGCAGAGACUAUGUAUCCCUCGGGAGAGGCAAUGGCGCAGCCAUGUGGAUUGUCGAUCCCACUGAUCACGAAUUGCUCAUGCCGGUGGGUGCUGUGGGCGAACUACUUGUCGAAGGUCCUAUUGUGGGACAAGGCUACUUGAAUGAUCCCGACAAAACCGCAGCGGCUUUUAUCAGUGACCCGUCGUGGCUCGUCGCAGGCCAUAAUGGCUAUGAAGGUCGCCGAGGUCGCCUAUACAAGACUGGAGAUCUUGGAAAAUAUGAUCCCGACGGCUCUGGUGGUAUUAUCUUCAUUGGGCGGAAGGAUACUCAGGUCAAAUUGCGCGGACAACGCGUCGAGCUAGGAGAAAUCGAGUACCAGCUCAAAGCUAGACUCCCUCCGGGCACCAACGUCGUUGCUGAGGUGAUUGUGCCUUCAGGCUCUGGAGGUCAACCCACAUUGAUGGCGUUCAUUGCAUUUCAGUCUUUAAAAGGACAAGAGCCUACCGAUCUACAGCGGGUACCUCUCCACAAGGAUCUACAGGAAAUACUGUCAGCGGCCAAUGAGGAGUUGGCCAAGGUCCUGCCACGAUAUAUGGUGCCAACCUCAUAUAUACCGGUCAACUACAUUCCUGUGAUGAUAUCAGGCAAGACCGAUCGCAAAAGACUGAGGCAGUUCGGUGCCACAGUCGACCUUCGACAGCUAGACCAAGGUACGACUAAAAGCGCUCCUCGACAGCUGAGCGAUCUUGAACAACUUGUGCGGCUGGCCUGGAGUCAGACAUUGCAACUUGACCCCGAAACCAUUCGGCCUGACGACAAUUUCUUUGCACUGGGUGGCGACUCGUUGAUGGCAAUGAAGCUUGUGUCUGUUUGUAGAGCUCAAGGUCUCGAUAUCACAGUGGCGAACAUUUUUCGCUGCCCUUCUCUCUUAGAGAUGGCCGACACUGUCCAAAUUUGCAGCUCUCAAGCGCGGACAGAAACCCCAGCCUUUUCAAUGAUCUCCCAAGAUGCCGAGAGUGCCCGCCUCGAAGCUUCACAAUGGUGUGGUACAGAUCCAGCCUCCGUCGAAGACAUCUACCCCUGCACACCAUCACAAGAAUCGCUUUUUACCUUCUCCCUCAAAUCAACACGAGCGUAUAUCGCGCAGAGAGUCACUUGUAUACCGUCGCAAAUCAGCCUUGAUGCCUGGAAAAGGGCUUGGGAGGAGGUUGUCGCGGCGAGCCCUAUGCUGCGUACUCGCUUAGUGCAACUCCAAGAUCCCGGUUUGCAGCAAGUUGUGUUAAGGGAAAGCAUCUUCUGGAGAUAUUCGACUGAUUUAGCGCAAUAUCUUGAUGAUGACCAGAGUGAGAAGAUGGAACUUGGUCAAAAUCUAGCUCGAUAUGCCAUCGUCGACAACUCAAAGGAUGACAAACGAUAUAUGGUCUGGACCAUCCAUCACGUCGUCUACGAUGGGUGGUCUGAGCCUCUGAUACUCCAGAAAGUCAGCAAAGCCUUGCGGGAUGAGCAAAUCGAGCCACAAGCUGAAAUGAAGGACUUUGUCAGAUAUGUGCGAGACGUGAACGAAGUCGAGGCUCAAGAAUUCUGGCGGCGGGAAUUGGAAGGAGCUGUUGGACCUCAAUUCCCGCGUCUGCCUUCUAGAGAUUAUUUGCCGACCCCCGACGGCAUGCUUGAACAUCAAUUUGCUCUGGAGGCAACCCUUGGAUCAACUUUCACAAUAGCUACACUGAUUCGCGGUGCAUGGUCGCUCGUGAUGUCACAGUAUACAGGCAGCGACGACAUCGUUUUCGGCGAGACGCUCACAGGUCGAGAUAUUUCUUUGGCGAGGGUCGAAAACAUCGAAGGCCCAUUGAUCGCGACUGUACCAAUGCGCAUACAUAUCAACCGGACGAGCUCUGUGCAAUCUUACCUACAAACUGUGCAAGAAGCCGUACUUGUGCGUACAAAGUACCAACAUGUUGGAAUGCAAAACAUCAGAAAGGUUAGCAGGGAUGCUCAACACGCAUGCGAAGCCGGUACGGGCCUGGUCAUCCAACCAGAACCAGAGUACGUGGGCGCCGAACUUGGUUUUGGGCAGACGGAUGUCGUCCAUGAAGCACUGCAUUUUAACCCUUAUCCACUUAUGUUGGCCUUUGGAACACAAAAAGGUAGUUUGAGGAUCUGUGCGAGCUUCGACACCAGCCUAGUUGACGUCGCACAAAUGAAACGAGUACUCGCCCAGCUAGAGACGGCUUGCUUGCAGCUGAUGAAGGAUCCCUUUCGGAAGCUAAACGAAAUUUCCUGUCUACCGGAAACCGAACUCGAUCAGAUCUGGCGUUGGAACAAAAUUCCUCCCUUGUCUUUGGACAAUUCAUCCGGAAGGCUUCGAGCAGAUGCAAGUAUCAACCAAGGAUCAAUAUAUCCUCCUGCGGUGGUACCUUGGGUAUGUAACCCAAAAAACCCGUCCCUCUUGUCGCCCAUUGGCAGUAUUGGCGAGCUUUGGCUGGAAGGGUCUUUCUUUACAGCUGAUACCACUUCGUCUCCCACCUGGCUUCUGGCUGGAAGCUCCACUUGCGCUGGCCGAUCCGGAACAGUGCAAUCGACCGGUGACUUGGUCCAGUUACGAGACGACGGCAGCCUCGUUUUCAUCGGCCGAAAGGAGAAUCGCUCGACCAUCCAAGGCCACGUAGUAGACAUCGCAGACCUCGAAGCUCAUGUCGCCAAGCAUCUUCCAUCAACAACCCGCACCGCGGCAGCUGUAUACCAAUCGCCACUGGACGGGGAUCAGCACUCGGCCGAGAUUGAAUUGGUUGUUUUCGUCGAGCAACACCCCUCUCAGGAGGAGCAUGUUCCGCUCAUGGCAGCGAAACAUGACAUACCCUACGAUGCACCCGGGCCAUCCAGAUCACACCUAACGAUCCAUGAUACGAUUCACCCCAGCGUUGCUAUUGCCCUAAAAAAGCUUGACAAAUUCAUCCACGACUCCCUGCCACCAUACAUGCUUCCCUCUGCGUACAUUGUGGUCGACAAAAUACCGACCGAGACGGGACGAGUCGAUCAUAACCAAUUAAACCAGAUAGCAUCCAGAAUUCCUAGGUCUGUCCUCACAACCCUACAGGAAAACUUGAAGGAGGUAUGGAAGAAAACCACCACCCAAGCAAGCUUGACCACCCCAGAGAACAUCGUGCGGUCUGCCUGGGCGAAGAUACUUAGAAUGAGCCCAGACAAGAUUGACCUGGACGACAACUUCUUCCGGCUCGGAGGGGACUCUGUGCUGGCCAUGAAAUUGGCAUCGAGUCUUCGGGUUCAGGGACAUACUUUGACAGUGGCCGACAUUUUCCAAAACAUGAAGCUCCGCGACGCCGCCAGAGCGUUGAAAGUAAACCAAGUGUCCACGGAGAAGGCGCAGGAUUACAAGCCCUUCUCGAUAUUAGACGGAGUGGACGACUUAGACCAGUUCUUGUCCGACGUUGUGCGACCGAAGCUAGCUAAUCCACGCUGGUCCAUUCAAGAUGCAAUGCCAGUGACCGAGUCUCAAGCGAUUGAUGUUAGGGCAACAAUCCAGGCCCCGCGAACAUCCAUACAAUACACCAUGUUGUACUUUGAACAGGGCGUCAACCUCGACAACCUCAUCCGUGCCUGCAACGAACUGGUCACGAUUCACGACAUUCUCCGCACAGUCUUUAUCGAGCACGAGUCGUCGCUCUUUCAAAUUGUCCUGGGGAAGCUGGACUCGCCCCUGAGCAUGCACCAAUCCGAAGGAGAUCUUGAAAAAUACGUCGUCGCACUCUGCAAGACAGACAUAGAAUCGGAUUUCCCCCUAGGAUCGCCUUUCCUCAAUAUUUUCCAUGUCCAGGGUACAGAUGGCAAAAGCUGCCUCGUUUUUAGACUAUCCCAUGCUCAAUACGAUGGUAUCUCCUUGCCCAGGCUGCUUCGAGACCUGGAAACCCUAUAUGCAAGAGGAACUGUGGAUGGUUUCCGGCCGUUCUCCGCCUACAUGGCCCGCCUUAGCGAUGAACGCAUCAAGAAACCAGCCCUGAAUUACUGGCGCAAUCUUCUGGACAACUCCAAAUUAUCGAUAUUGGAGGGAACGUCAGCACAGUACGCGACGACAAGAUCGUUGUUCCUGACCAAACCGGUCGAAACUUCCCGCCGUCCCACAGAGAUCACAACAGCGAGCCUACUGACCGGGGCAUGGGCGGUGGUCCUGGCCCGCCGUCUGCAGCAACACGACGUGACAUUCGGCUCCAUUACUUCUGGCCGCAACAUGGACAUGCCCGAUGUGGACAAGGUCAUGGGUCCAUGCUACCAGUUCACACCGGUGCGAGUCCCGUUCGAGGCGGGGUGGACGGCGAUGGACCUCUUGCGCUUCGUGCAGAGGCAGAGUGCCGAGUCCGCGGCCUACGAUUUUGUUGGGUUUGGGGAGAUUUUCAAGAGCUGUAAUACGCAAUGGUCGUCCUCAGAAUCAUCAUCCUCGUCGGAUUCGUCGGGCUCGUCGUUGCUGACACCACGCUUAUUCUUCGAUUCCGUCGUCCACCACCAGGAUUUCGAGGACUAUGACACAAUGCCCUUCGCGGGGGAGACUUGCAGGGUGGAGAUCCAGAAUCCACAUGGCGACGCGGCCCAUCCUGUGAAGGCCGUCUCCUUCGUCCAGAGAGGACAGACGCACGUCGGUGUUGUCGGGAGUGAACAUGAUCAAGCCCUGCUGGAGAACCUCCUCGCUGAAUUAGCUGCAGCUGUUGAAGAAGUAUCUGCCCAUCGAUCAGAGGAGGUCCUUUGGCUUGAUGGCUUAUCCCCUACUUUACCGGCGAAUUGA